GCGAGCUCGACGCCAACUCCAAUCAGCCAACACGACGGUCAUGGACAGCGGCAGAGAGCUCUGCUGGCCAGACAACAGCUAUUCACUGCUAGCUGACCCGAGCUCUGCUACCUCUACUCUCUACAAACCAUCAUAACCACCGCCCCCGGGCAUACCAUCACUAUCAACACCAUGGACGACCUCCGCGAGCAAGUGGAGCUGCUGGAGAGCAGCGCCAACCUCUCUACCAGCAUCGACGAUGUGCAAAAUGCGAUAGACAUGCUGACGGCAGCUCGCGCUAAGAUCGCAGCUGACCCCAAGACGGCGCCUGUGACCCUCGCGAAACUCCAGGACCCAUUCAAGAGGUCUCUGGACGCGGUAAAUAAAGACCUCAAGCCAAUCUACGCUGGCCUGAACAAGUAUGGCAAGACGCUGGACAAAAAAUUCAAAGACAAGCCCCUCCCCUCCGCCGACAACGAUGCGCUCUCCUCGCACCCCUCACUCAUCAACCGCGCCAUCGCCAUGCACCUCCUGCGUGAAGGCCAAUUCGACGUAGCAUCCACCUUCAUCGAAGAAGCGCGCAAACAACCACCUCACCCAGAACCCACGCCCAACACGCCGAAUCCAUACAUACGCGAAGCCUGGGAAAAAGAUCUAGCAGAAGGAACCUUCAACUCGGAGCAACUCCAACAGCAAUUCGCCGACAUGUACCACAUCCUGCACCAACUCCGGCACGAGCGGAACCUGGCCCCCGCCAUCCAAUGGGCCCGCGAACGCAGCGCCCUCCUCGAAGAACGCGGCAGCAACCUAGAAUUCGAGCUCUGCCGCCUGCAAUUCGUCUGUCUCUUCGACACAUCAACCGCCACCAAUGACGACUCCUUCAUGUCCGACUCGUCGGACGAACAACCCCCCACGGGCCCCCUCUCCGCCUGGACCUACGCCCGACGCGAAUUCCCCCCCUUCCAAAAGCGCUACGCCCGCGAAAUCCAACAACUCCUCGGCGCCAUGGCCUUCUACCAAAACAUACCCACAUCGCCCUACCACCGCCUCUUCUACAACACCACCGCCUGGGAUGAAGUCGCACAGUCUUUCAACCGCGAGUUCUGCUCCUUACUCGGUCUCUCCGCCGACUCCCCCCUCUUCAUUGCCGCAACAGCUGGCGCAAUCGCCUUGCCCUACCUGCUGAAAAUGCAAUCUAUAAUGAAGGAGAAACGAACGGAAUGGACGACGCAGGAUGAGCUACCUGUGGAGAUUCCACUGCCGAGUCAGUACCAUUUCCACUCCAUUUUCGUGUGUCCAGUGUCCAAGGAGCAGAGUACGGAUAAGAAUCCGCCCAUGAUGAUGCCGUGUGGCCAUGUUAUUGCGCAGGAGAGCUUGGAGAAGCUGUCCAGGGGCACCAAGUUCAAGUGUCCGUAUUGUCCCAAUGAGAGUAGUCCUGGUCAGGCGUGGAAGGUUAUACUAUAGAGUAGCAGUGGUAGUGGCGGGAGUGGGAGUCUGAGUGGAUGGGACAUGCAUAUGCAUACGAGAGAAAUGAAGGGCAAGGAGAGUUUCUGGACGUUUGUGGAGAGGAUAGAGAGCGUUUACGGGUAUAAUCUUGGGUUGCAGGAUUUGGAACCGUAUGGGAUGGGCGAUGAUGUUUGUAAAGUGGCUGUUCCGGCGGACGACGGAGAUGACGAUGGAGUGGUGGAGGAGUGCUAUGUGGUGUUCUAGCGUUUGGGCGUUACAGUAUCGUGGAAAUCUUUGUCUGCUGCGUCGUAGUAUCAUGGUAUUGCUGCAUGGACAGUUCUUUGCUAUGCAUCCCCGCUACAAUGAACAAAUAACUUCAAUACAUCUUG